AUGGGAAUAACCAUAUCCCUCGUGCAUAUAUUGGCGUGCAUCGGCACGGUCGUUUGCCUAUUUGUCGCGGAGCGCAUCGUCGACUUCCUCUUCUUCCACUUCACCACCCCAGCCAAGCCCCUCGAGUCUUACCGCCGCCGUGGUCCCAACCCGGCGUAUGCACUCAUCACGGGGGCCAGCGCUGGGAUCGGCUACGGCAUCGGCCAGGCCCUCGUCAGGAAUGGAUUCGGCGUCAUCCUGCUGGGCCACAAGGCCGACGAGCUGGCCGAGGCGGCGGCGAAGCUCGUCGCCCAGGUGCCACCCGAGUACACCGCCGGGGCGGAUGCCGACGCGUUCGUCAAGACCAUCGUCAUGGACGCGCAGACCGCCACGCCGCAGGAGCUAGAGGACGCCCUGCGCGCGACCGUCAUCGACGCGGGGCUGCGCGUGUCCAUCCUCGUCAACAACGUCGGGUCGUGCCCCGUCGCGCUCCCCGCGUGGCGCGAGCACGCGACCUACUCGCCGGGGGACAUCGACGCGGUGAUCGACCUCAACACGCGCUUCAUGGCGAGGCUGACCGCGCUGAUGGUACCCGUGCUGGCGCACAACGGGGCCGGGGCUGACGCGCAGGGUGUGUCGUUCGGGACGCACAGGCGCUCGCUCAUCAUCAACCUGAGCUCGGCUGGCAAUGUUGGGUUGCCGUGGAUGGUCAUGUACGGCGCGACCAAGGCGUUCAACCUGGCGUUUAGUCGCGGCUUGGCUCGGGAGCUGGAGAUGAGCGCUGAGACGAAGCACAUCGACUGCCUGUGUAUCGUGCCUGGUGACGUGAGGAGCCAGGGCAACUGCCUAGGCUCGAGCAAAGGGUCGCCGGAUUCUGAUACGUACGGGGCGUAUAUUGUGAACAGGGUGGACGGUGCAGUCAGGCGAGGGUGGAGGGAUGUUAGUCCCUACUGGCUGCAUCACUUGCAACUGGCUCUGGUGGAUCUCAUCCCGGAGAGUCACAGGACAAAGGGCGUGGUUGACUUGAUGAGACAGAAGAAGACCGCUUGGGAUGAAGUGGACAAGCCAAAGGACGAGUAG